AUGAGAUUCACCGCCAUCGCUGCCCUUCUCCUUGCCGCCGUCGCAAGCGCCCAGUCUUCUUCCUUCUCGAACUGCGUGACCGCUGCCGCGGACAUGACGGUGACCAGCUUCAGCUUGAGCCCUGAUCCUGUGUGUGUCGGCCAAAAUUACUGUAUCAAUGUCACCGGAACCCUCAGCGCCCCUGUCGUCACCGGCGCCAAGUUGGUGGUCACUGGCAGGUGGAGUGGACACAUCGUUUACACUGACAACCAGGACUUUUGCACCGUCCUCGCCGCCUCUGGACGUCCCUGCCCUGUUCCCAUCACCACCACCAGUCUCUCUCUCUGCGUUCUCAUGAAGCCUACUUAUCCCGCUAAUGUCCCCCUGGCGCUGACUAUCCUGGCCACCAACGGCAACGGCAAUGUGCUCUUCUGUCAGGCCGCCACGGUCAUUCCCCAGAAUUGCUCUUAA